AUGCCCGCCAGGUUGGAGAACAUGUCUCCCUCCACCGCCUUCUUUAUGACUGCUGACAACACCUCCAUCGCGGCCACAAACAGCAUGGGCGAAGUGGGGUCCCCCUGUCUCAGCCCCCUUCCAUGGACUAUGCGCCCUCCCGGCACCCCGUUUACGAUCACUCUCGUGUUCGUUGUGUAUAGGAGCACCGCUAUCCACUUAAGGAACCUAUCUCCAAACCCCAUUUUCCUCAGCACCUCAAACAGGAAACUCCAAGAUAGUGAAUCAAAAGCACGUGACAAGUCGAGUUUGACUAGGGUUGCCGAGCCGCCGCCGCACGUCGCCCCUGCCCAUCGCUGCCGCCGCCGCCGCCGCGCCUCCCCAUCGCCGCCGACGCACGCCGCGCCUCCCCCGCACGCCGACGACGUACGCCGCGCCUCCCCCAUCGCCGCACGCCGCACGCCGCGCUCUCCCCAUCGCCGCCGCACGCUCGCCCGUCCCCGUCGCCGCACGCCGCCCGUCCCCGUCCCCGUCCCCGUCGCCGCACGCCGCCACGCCGCCCGUCCCCAUCCCCGUCCCCGUCGCCGCACGCCGCCCGUCCCCGUCGCUGCACGCCGCCCGUCCCCGUCGCCGCACGCCGCGCCUCCCCAGGACCGCGCCGUCCUCGCCAUCGCCUCCAGGUCCCGCCGCAUGUGA